AUGGCUGGUGACAGGAGACUCAUAGUGCUUCUUGACACUACACUCGGACUAUCGGCGCAGUUUAUAUCGUCUCUCACACUAUCCUCCGCCGCGACCGCCAGCGCAACACCCCGCAAUUCAGAAGACAGCAGCAACAAAAAUAACUCCCCACUCCCUUUACUCUCUGCGGCUGCUCAAACUCUCAAGUCGCAUACGGGGAAGAUUUCUCUCUUUGCGAUUAAUACCCCCUUUACGCCAUCCGCAAUUAAAUCCGUACUUUCGCAAAUCAAUGACUCCGUUCUCCCCUCUCUCGUCACCGCCGCUUUCCUCCUUCACCCAGGCCAUUAUACCACAAUAUUCCACUCUGAGGUUAACUCGUUAGUUAAAUCAGCACUGCGAGAAUUCGUGACGUUAAUUAGCGAGAUCAAGAAAAUUGCAUUGGGUGAUGGGAAGGAAUUGACGGAAGCGGAUAAAGUAGCGAUUACAACCGCCACGGGCCGAGUUUGGAAAGUAUGUGACCAGCUUGUGGCCACUUCUACGGAUGGGGUAGUUGGGAUGAUCAUUCAAAAGGCGAAUAACUUCUUAGAACUUGUCCGUGAUGGGAUCAAGGAAUUGGAAGAGUGGGACCCUGAAGAGUCUGAGGAUGAUGGUUGGGGUAUGGGAGACGAUUUCGCCGAUGAAGCUGAAGAUAAGGAGGGAGGAGAUGGAGAAGACGGCGAGAACCGUGAUGAGUUAAUUGCUACGCUUUUCGAAGAGAAGAAAGAGCUCAUCCGCCUGCUUACACCGAUUUCUAAGCUUUUUACAGCUAUGGCAACCCAGAGGUUAAAACCCCUAAAGCAAGAUUCUAUUCUUCCGAAAUAUGCUUCCAGCCUUGAUGACCUUGUUGACCAUCUUAAACAAAUCCCGGACCUUGUCGAUGAGGCUGCAGGCUCGCUCUAUGAACACGACAUUGAUGCUGUUGCUUCAUAUACCCGAAAAUUAAAGGAUUGUGCCAUUGCCACCGUUGAGAUUGUUAGAAAACCAUGGAAAUGUGACGAUGGAGCGGGCCCUAAAACUGAAGGACAAGCUGAGCCAGAGGAUAAAUUUUCAAAAUGGGCAACAGUUUGGUUGAAGGUACUUGGUGAGUUGGGGAAACCUAGCUCGUCAAAGGCCUAG